AUGAGUUUAAGAGAUUUGGUGACGAGGGUUGACGCGAUAUGCAAGAAAUACGACAAGUACGACGUGGUGAAGCACAACGAAGCUCAGAAUGUCGUUGGCGUCGAUGCUUUUGCCCGUCUAUACGGCGUCGUCGAGGCCGAGCUUGAUUCUCUUCUUCAGAAAUCGGAGGCUGCGGCGACGGAGAAGAACAGGGCAAGAGCUGUUGCUAUGAAUGCGGAAAUUCGACGAACCAAGGCUCGUUUGCUUGAGGAACUCCCAAAAUUGCAGAGGCUUGCUUUCAAAAAGGUCAAAGGGCUCUCAAAAGAAGAGGUCGAGGCAAGAAAUCAUGACUUAGUAUCCACAAUUAAAGAGAGGAUUGAAGCAAUACCAGAUGGAACUUCAAAUGGAGUCAAACCAACUGAAGUUUGGACAGCUUCAACCUCUUAUACAGGAAUCAAGAUUGAUUCAACUUCAGAUGGGAGAUUUGGCGGUGAGUACUUUCAUCAAACAGAGGAGACCGAUCGGUUUAGGCACGAAUACGAAAUGCGAAGAAUGAAACAGGAUGAAGAUUUAGAUGUUAUAACAGAAGGAUUGCACACAUUAAAAGACAUGGCCCAUGACAUGAAUGAGGAAUUAGAUAGGCAAGUGCCCUUGAUGGAUGAGAUAGAUGAUAAGGUUGACAGGGCAAAUGCUGACCUUAAGAAUACUAAUGUGAGACUCAAGGAGACAAUAGUUAAGCUGAGGUCUAGCCGAAAUUUCUGCAUUGACGUCAUCCUCUUAAGUAUAGUUUUGGGAAUUGCUGCCUAUUUAUACAAGUAA